UGCUCAUACCCCGGAUGUUGAUCAAUUCGACUCAUACGACCAGACCGCAUUCGAACUCUCAUGAGCGCUACGGGUAUCAUCCUUUCAGAACACCCUUCUGACUCAAGCCUGCCAAUGGCGACCCUACCUUCACUCCCCGAGGAUCUUAUCCGACUCAUUGCCGAAUGGAUUGUGUGCGACGACCUCGAUCGCGGAUGUUUAGUGUGGGGCGAAGAACAGAACGCAUACCGGCUUCUCCUCCCACUUUCCGAGUCCUGCAAGCCGCUGCGAGCGUACAUGAAACCACUGAUCUUUAAAACUCUGCACAAUUGGAAUAUAGAUGGGGAGUCGGUCUGGCCAAAGGACAUAUGGUCGCAUGUGGUCACUGUCAAGCUCAGGGACCAUGUGGCUCAGGAUCAAGCUGUCCUGAAAGUUACCCAGGACGUGUACACCGCCCUCACCCAGAUGCCUCUGUUGACGAAUGCGAUCCUACGGUACAACUCGGUCGUGCCACCAGCUGCUCUGCAAAGUCUCGGUGCUGUCACAAACCUCAAGACCCUUGAGAUACACCAAGCACGCCUCGACGGCCUGCUUCUGUCGUCCCUGUCCUUCCCAUUGCUUGAGAAGCUCGUCGUGACUAUCACCGGUUUCAGAGGGAUCUCGCGAGCAAACGAUAUUGACCGUGCGGCCGAGCGAGCCAACGUCGGCCGUCUUCUUCGUUGUGUGUCCCGCAACCUCACGUUCCUCCAUCUCUCGGGUGACCUGAUGCCUGUCGACUUUGACGAGAUUCGCUGGCCAAGAUUGCAGAGCCUCGCUGUAUCGGAGCACACUCCAUCGAGGCACCUGUUGGUCCCUGUGCUUACGGCCCAUACGCCGAGCCUUCGUGAUUUGCAAUUUCUGUACACAGCUGACAUGUCCCGAGGACCGGAAGAGCUGCGCCCGCCCUUCGCUUAUGGCGAUCCGACUCGUGGAUCGUUGUGUCACAUCUUACCUCGCCUCACUGCUCUUUCUCUGUCCAAUGUCAGCGACGACGACCCGAUCUUCUCACAGCUUCCCGAGUCCUUGAACGCUCUGCACAUCCAUGCUCGUUGCGACCCGCAUUAUGGACUGGACCAUGCCGACCUGCCUAAACCGGCUGUGGCAGCAUUAUCCAACGGCUCAGCCAUAUGGCUUGUCAAGCGCCUUUCACAUUUGACGAAUCUGGCCGAAUUCACCAUCUCUGGGGACAUAUUCCCGACGGCGCCCCUGUUGGAGACGAUUGCAAGCCAUUUCCCUAAUCUGAUCUACCUCGAGACGUCUCGCGCAAACUAUCAGCGGCGUCGCGAUGGACAGGACUUCACCGGUCGAGAGACACGAAAUGACGCCGUGCUCACGGCGCUGACUCGUUUCCGCCGACUUCAAACUCUGAAGCUCACAAUGCACACGGUUAGGCUUUCCCCCAGAAGCAGCCGGGAGCAAUCGGAGACCUAUGAGCGGUUGUUCGGCGGCAUUCCAUCCCUGGAAACUGUUCAUCUUCCCUGGUUUUCUGAAUCUCCCUGGGCUCCCUGGGAGAGUCCCGAUCCUGUGACCUGGCUUUCAUACGAUAGAGAAAGGAUGGAACGCUCAGCUUCCCGAAAUACUCAACCAGCACCCGUGAAGAUCAUCCUCUGAAUCUUGCCAUGGGACUUUUCUACCGACGCCGUUUGUCGUUCCUGUAGAUGCCAUCUCACCGGUUGUAUUUGAUGACAGAACGUUGAUUCAGUGACGAUCGAGAUUUCGAGCUCUCUCCCGUAUGUUUAGGUCCGGUCUGGUCUACAGCCCCGAGACGCGGAUGCAUCGUCAUGACCCUCCACACCAGUUUCGACAAGACGUGUCCCCAUCAUGCGUCAGGGAACUAAGCAAACCGACCCGGACUGUCUGGCCUUCCGCGAUGGGUUGUUUCCCAUGUCCGCCGACUGCAAUGCUCGAGUUACAGUGGCCGCGCUAUCGCCCAACAGAACGUUUGCCAGGUGAAACCCAGCGCAGUUUGGAGUUGGCCAAAGGGUGUCCCACGAUCGAUAUAUCCAUGACGUUCACGUAUCCGGUGCUCUGAGCUUAGCGCCGGGAUAUGCAUUGGCAUGGGCCCCCAGAGCAGUGUCGGCCACGAGUGUCCCUUGUAGCCGCAUGUACGCACUUUUUUCGGUGUUGUAUGAGUAAGGAACAUGAUCCGCG